AUGUCUGAAAUCAUAUAUACUAAGGGAAGAGAAUCUCAAUUAGUUAACCAAUAUAAUGAAAUCAAAGCCAUGAUCGAUAAUGAAUGUUCUGUUAGGGAUGUGCUAUUAUUAGCAGUCUCAAAAUUAAAACCUGCAAGUGACAUCAAAAUUCUUUAUGAUCAUGGGGUAAGACAAUUUGGUGAAAACUAUGUUCAAGAAUUACUAGAGAAAUCCGAACUUUUACCAAAGGACAUCAAAUGGCAUUUCAUUGGUGGUUUACAAACUAACAAAUGUAAAGAUCUGGCCAAGAUUCCUAACAUAUAUUGUGUAGAAACUAUUGAUUCCUUGAAAAAAGCACAAAAAUUGAAUGAAGCAAGAGCCAAAUUCCAACCAGAUGCACCUGUAAUCCUUUGUAAUAUUCAAAUUAAUACGUCUCAUGAAGGACAAAAGUCUGGAUUGUUAAAUGAAGAUGAAAUUUUUGAAGUUGUUAAAUAUUUCUUAUCUGACGAAGUCAAACACAUCAAAUUAAAUGGACUAAUGACAAUUGGGUCGUGGAACACAUCUCAUGAAGAAAAUGCAGGUGAAAAUAAAGACUUUGCUACUUUAGCUAAUUGGAAACAAAAGAUUGAGUCUAAGUUUGCUAUAAAUCUUAAACUAUCUAUGGGGAUGAGUGCAGACUACAAGCAAGCUAUCAAACAAGGUUCAUCUGAGGUAAGAAUUGGAACAGAUAUCUUUGGUACUAGACCUCCAAAAAACGAGGCUAGAAUUAUUUAA